UCAUGCUCACCCUCCCGUGCUUCACCACCCCUCCUCAUCAAGCUCCACCACCGACCCGGCCGGUCCGGUCCGGUCCGGUCCCGGCUCCGGAAGUCUCCAGAACCCGCACAACCACCGCCACGCGGGCCCGCAUGGCAGGGUCACGCCCCCCACGCGCCGCUGCCUCCGGCGAGACCUCUUUCCUCCCCCUCAUAAAUACCGCGCCCAAGCAUCGCCGCAGAUCGACCGCGCUCGCCCUCUCUGGUUUGCUACUCCUGGUGCUGCUAAUCGGACUCCCGGCCGCCCCCGCCGUCGCCGCCAACAUGACCGAGGUCUGCGUCAAGGCCGCCGUCGGCCACCCCGACACGCUCGGCGACUGUCCCUUCUCGCAGAGGGUGCUGCUCACGCUGGAGGAGAAGAAGGUGCCCUACCAGAUGAAGCUCAUCGACGUCAGCAACAAGCCCGACUGGUUCCUGAAGAUCAAUCCAGAGGGCAAGGUGCCCGUGUAUAACGGUGGUGAUGGCAAAUGGAUUGCUGAUUCUGAUGUGAUCACUCAAGUCAUUGAGGAGAAGUACCCAACUCCAUCACUUGUUACUCCUCCUGAGUAUGCAUCAGUGGGAUCAAAGAUCUUCUCCACCUUCGUCACGUUCUUGAAGAGCAAGGAUGCCAGCGAUGGCUCGGAGAAGGCGCUUGUUGACGAGCUGCAGGCACUCGAAGAGCACCUAAAGGCCCAUGGACCCUACAUCAACGGGGCGAACAUCUCCGCCGUCGAUCUCAGCCUGGCUCCGAAGCUCUACCAUCUGCAGGUCGCCCUGGAGCACUUCAAGGGCUGGAAGGUCCCUGAAACCCUGACCAGCGUCCAUGCCUACACCGAGGCUCUCUUCAGCCGCGAGUCGUUCGUCAAGACCAAGGCGACCAAGGAGAACCUGAUCGCCGGGUGGGCGCCGAAAGUGAACCCGUAAGCCCCUCCGCCCGCCGGAGACCCGGCCCACCCCGUCGUGUGAGUAGUGAUGGGCAGUAGUGGGCCUCAUCUGCCUAGGUUGGAAUAAUUCGAGCCUUGAUGUGCUCUGGUCGUCGCAAUCGUGCACUUGCUUGUGUGUGUGUGGGUGUGGGUGUGGGUGUUAUGUGCGUGUUCUGGUGCAGGCAAGAGUGCAAGUAUAUGUGGUGUGAACCUCUUUCCGUAUGAAUGAAUAAUAGAGCUGCGUAAAAUUCA